UAGGAUGAAUGCACAUGCAAAAUCUGGAGCAGAUUCAAUCUCGCUUCCUUGAGAUAUCGCGUGCAUCUAACAGACAUACAUACAGACAGACAAAUACCUGUCAACAUACUUACCGAUUGAAAUCGAUGAGUAAUAAUAAACAAGGUGGCAUAAGUGCUGAAAACCUCCGGUAGGAGGCUACGAGCCAUGAAAGGUUGGGAACCACUGUAUUAUAUACGAGUCCACUACACAACAUAAAGUUUCAAGGCCAUACAAAUUGUAUUUGAUGUGUUAGAAAGUUUCUCAGCAUUGUUUAUGAAUUCUUGUUUUGCAAUAAGUUUUUAUUCUGUUUUUAUUGUAUAUAUAUAUAUAUAUAUAUAAUUUGAAUCCUAGUUUUCAAUCAUACCACACUCACGUUAUUAAGUGCCCGAACUGUCAACUAAUUUUUGUGCCAAAAGCAUUUCAAUUUUACUGUGAUAAUGUGUAGGACAGAUGGAAGUUUGAAAAUUUGAAUUUUUAUACAAAAAUUCUCAAUAUUCUGUACCUACCGCACUACAAAUCUCAGUGGACUUAGAUGUAAAUAUGGAACAAAAAACUCGGACAUGGGAUUAGUUAGCCAGUUAUUUGUUUUCAGAUGCAUGGACUUGAUGGCGGGGAAAACCGCAAACCACCUUAGUGUGUCCAGCAAUCCUCUCGCCCAUAAUUAACUCCGCAUAGUAUUCGAACUUGCGAACCCACGCAGGGUAAUCAGAGGUGUGGUGGCGAGCAUAUUUCUAAUGCUUAGCACGAUGCCCCACACCACCGAGCCAAUGAUAGUCCACCACACCAUCCUAACCUAUUACCCACAGAUCCAGAAAUAAUCAAUCAUAAAAGUGUAGAAUGACAGAAUUACAGUCAGUUGCAAUGAAAUUAUUUUGGCUGGUAAUGCUUCAUCCACUGCUGUUAUCGAAAAGACAGACAGUGCAGUAGUCUAAAGUAAUACUAUGAAUAGCUUACUCUCACAAUAUUUUUUUUCUCAGUUAUCUUAAAACCAUAUCUCGCACCAGUCAUGGCACUGAAGAAUACUGUUCUAUCCUGCCUAUUAACACUAUGCUGCAUUUGUAUAAUGACAGCUGAAUCUCGUCCCAAUAUUAUUUUUAUAUUGGCUGAUGACUAUGGAUUUAAUGAUAUUGGUUAUCAUGCAAGAGAGCAUGAAUCAGCAAUGAAGACACCUUUCUUGGAUCAUCUUGCUGGUGAAGGAAUCAAACUAGAAAACUAUUAUGUUCAACCAAUAUGCUCACCGACUCGAAGCCAACUUUUGAGUGGACGUUACCAAAUACACACUGGAUUACAACACAGUGUUAUUUGGCCCUCACAGCCAAAUGCUCUACCAAUUGAAAACAUACUUUUGCCUGAGCAACUCAGAAACUGUGGUUACGAUACUCAUAUGGUAGGAAAAUGGCAUCUUGGAUUUUAUAAGGAAAAAUUUUUACCAUGGAAUAGAGGUUUUAAUUCAUAUUUUGGAUAUUUAUCUGGCGGAGAAGACUACUAUACCCAUCAGCAUGGUUAUCAUAGAAUGAGUGGGGUUGAUAUGUGGGAUUCAAAACUUGGUCCUGUCAAUAACACAUGGGGAGAAUACUCUGCUACUUUAUUUGCCAGAAAAGCAAUCGAAGCGAUUGAUAAACGAGAUCCUGCAAAACCUCUUUUUUUAUAUCUUGCCUACCAGUCUGUUCAUUCUCCAUUACAAGUACCUGAAAAAUAUAUUGAACCAUUUAAACAUAUUAAAAAUAAACAAAGGAGAACGUAUGCUGGGAUGGUUCUAGCAAUGGAUGAAUCAAUUCGUAAUGUAACUCGGCAUUUAGCUGAUGUCGGUAUUUUAGAUGAUACAAUCAUUGUGUUUUCAACUGAUAAUGGAGGGGAGACAAGGGCUGGGGGGGACAACUGGCCAUUAAGAGGCAGAAAAGCUACCCUAUGGGAAGGAGGAAUAAAAGGUGUGGGUUUCGUUCAUGGUCGUCGUUUAAAAAUUCAUCACAUGACUUAUAAUGGACUUCUCCAUGUAUCUGAUUGGUUCCCAACUUUAGUAGAAGGUAUAGCUAGUUGUCCGAAAGUCAACGGAACGCAGCCAUUGGAUGGCUUCAACCAAUGGGACGCCAUCCAACAAAAGACUUCAUCUCCAAGAAAGGAAUUGUUACAUAAUAUUGAUCCAUUGUACAUAUCUCAUAUCCAUCGUACUACCAAUAGCCUAAAACAUGGGUUUGAUGUUAAAGUCAGAGCUGGUAUUCGAGUUGGUCAGUGGAAAUUGUUAACUGGUGAUCCAGGGUUCGCAGGAUGGGUGAAGCCCCCCGAAUCCAACAAGUAUGAUGAUAGUAUGUACGAAGGUGAAUCAAUUUCUUCCAUCAAAGCAACAAAUGUAAAGUUGUUUAAUAUCAAAACAGACCCUUAUGAAUACCAUGAUGUAGCUGAUAAAUUUCCAUCUAUUGUAGAAAAGCUUCUGACUAGAUUGGCAAAAUAUAAUUCUACUGCUGUGCCAGUGAGAUUUCCACCAGAUGACCCAAAGGCUGAUCCUCGAUUUCAUGGCGGAUAUUGGUCUCCGUGGAUGGUUGAUUGAUUAUAUUAUUGUUUCAAGUUUGCUUCUUUGCUGUCUCUUAGGUUUGUUCUGAACUAUUUUAUUACUUGUAUUCCAAAAAUGUUUUCAAAGGUCUGCCCUAAACAAGUAUUUUAUGUCAGUCCAAGAUUUUUAU